AUGUCCUCCAUUGUCUUAAUCGGGGCGCUAUUGGCCAAUAUAGUGUCAACUCUAUGGAACAUCUGGUUCUUCGCCAUUAAAAAAGGUCAUUCAGCAAGUGAACUGGAGGGCCAGACCGAAGACCCUGUAUCGCUUCCUAAAGGAUGGUACACAAACGCUGAACGGUUCCAAGCCGAAAGACGAGCAAUCUUUAGCCAGACUUGGACGUGUGUCAGUCAUCGUGGCCGGUUUAAAAAACCCGGUGACUACAUUGUUUACGACGUCGCUGGCUUCCGUAUCUUGAUGAUCCUCGGCAAGGACAAAACUGUGAGAUCCUUUCAUAAUGUCUGUCGCCAUCGUGCUUUUCUAGUGGCGAGAAAAGAUUCCGGAUCAGCCACCAUCUUAGGAUGUCGGUACCAUGGAUGGAGUUAUGAUUAUACUGGACGUCUUAUCAAAGCGCCCUAUUUUGAUAACAAACCGGGUUUCGAUAAAAACAUGAACGGCCUCUUUGAGAUCAGCACAAAGGAGGACAAGAAUGGGCUUCUGUAUAUCAACCCAGCGACAGAUCCCAAUACUACAAAGACCCUGCCACCAAAAGGAGUUAUCACUGGAAGGUUGAUCAAGAUCACACCGGAUAUAAGCCAACUUCAUACCUUUGAACUUGAUGGCAACUUCAACUGGAAGCUGAUAGGGAAGUUCAAGAGCACAUCCCUUCAUUAA